AUGGCACAAUGGGCAUUGUUCCCGACACAGGAAGAGCCGCUACUGUCCAUUGUGCGGUCGUGGGUCGGGACUCGGGAGCCGAUGCAAAUAUAUUCGAAGCGUCCCGCAAGCCGCCGUCCGACGCGGGCAAGUGGCGCGUGGGCGGCGAGGAGUUCGAGGCGCUCAUGCGGAUGCUGGACAACGCCGGCUUCCGCACCGGGUACAUCUACCGACACCCGCUCGUCAAGAACGACGUGCCCCGACCUAAGAACGAUGUGGAGGUGCCUCCUGCCGUCUCCUCGCUGGGAUACUUGCUGGAGGAGGAAGAGCUAUACAGGCAGGGGUUAG